GAGGGAUUAAGUGGAAAUUACCAAACAGUUGGCUGAGAGGAUAUGCUGGCUUAAGCUCUUUUGAUAGACAUUUCAUGCUAUGAAUGCGCUAACCUAGUCGAUUGUUUCAAACACCAUUCGCUGGUGAUUGCGAAUGGAAGGCAAAAGGAAGACCCUGAUUAUUUGACAUCUGUCAAAAUUUCUUUUCUUGGCAAAACUACAGUUUUCCGUCUCUUAUCGUUAUCAAUAAAACUAGCUUUCUCAAAUGCACUCCUGGUCCCUGAUUUGAUAUAAAAAUCAGAUCGUCUGCAUGUAAUUGUCUGGGCAAAGAUGGUUGUCAAAGAACAUCAUAGUGAACAUUCAUCUAUCGACAAGAAUGGUGGAAUAAUUAUAAGUGCUAUCGAAGAAACAGAUCCUUCCCCUAAGCUCACUGGCUGGGCUGGGUUCAAGGACUCUUUUCGUCGAGCUGAUUUCGAAGAUCUCGGUAUAAAUAUGGAGUUAUCUGAAGCUGAGAAAAUUGGAAUCCUAACUGCUAAAUCACCAUUAUCCAGAUCUUUAAAGAGUAGACAUCUUCAGAUGAUUUCAAUUGGAGGUGCCAUUGGGACUGGUUUGUUUGUUGGUUCUGGGGGAUCAUUGAGAACUGCUGGCCCAGCUGGUCUAUUGAUAGCAUACCUACUCACUGGCACAAUGAUGUACUGUACUGUUCAAUCCUUGGGAGAAUUGGCUGUUACUUUUCCCGUUGCAGGUUCAUUUCUCACCUAUAAUUCUAGAUUCAUUGAUCCAUCUUGGGGCUUUGCUAUGGCUUGGAAUUACGCAAUUGGCUGGUUGGUUACGAUGCCUUUAGAGUUAAUUGCAGCUGCUAUUACCAUCAAAUAUUGGAAUUCUACAAUUAACUCUGCCGCGUUGGUGGUGAUCUUUUAUGUGUUGGUUGUUGCAAUUAAUCUUUUUGGAGUUCGGGGCUAUGGAGAAGCAGAAUUCUUCUUUGCAAUAAUUAAGGUUGUUACUAUCCUAGGAUAUAUUAUUCUAGGGAUUGUGCUUGUUUGUGGUGGCGGCCCCAAAGGAGGGUAUAUUGGGGGGCGCUACUGGCAUGAUCCUGGAGCAUUUGCUAAUGGAUUCAAAGGUGUUUGUACUGUUUUUGUUAAUGCAGCUUUUGCAUUUGGAGGUACUGAAUUGGCUGGAUUAGCUGCUGCAGAAUCGGCAAAUCCAAGGAAAUCGUUACCAAAAGCUACAAAACAAGUCUUUUGGAGAAUCACUUUAUUCUACAUUGUUUCUUUGACCUUGGUUGGACUCUUGGUGCCAUACAACGACAAGAGGUUGUUCAAAACUUCGUCUGUUGAUGCAUCUGCAUCGCCAUUUGUGAUCUCAGUGGUGAAUGCAGGUAUCAAAGGGUUACCAUCUGUCAUUAAUGUGGUUAUUAUGAUUUCUGUUAUAUCAGUGGGCAAUUCAGCUGUGUUUGGUUCGUCGAGAACUUUAGCUGCUCUCGCUGCCUCUGGUCAAGCUCCAUCCAUCUUGGGUUACAUUGACAAACAAGGUCGUCCGUUGGUUGGAAUUUUGGUCCAAGAUGUGUUCGGUCUACUUUGCUUUUUAACUGCGUCAAAGCAGUCGGGAGUCGUUUUCGAUUGGUUAUUGGCAAUUUCGGGGUUGUCGUCGUUGUUCACUUGGGCUUCGAUUAAUUUUUGUUUGAUAAGAUUCAGAAGGGCCUUAUACGUUCAAGGAAGGGACACUUCGGAACUCUCCUACACUACUCAAGUAGGAGUAUAUGGAGCAAUCUAUGGUGUGUUACUUAACAUCUUGGUUCUUAUUGCACAGUUCUGGAUUGCCUUAUUUCCUUUGAAAGGCAAGCCUAAUGCUUCUGAUUUCUUUCAGUCAUAUCUAAGUUUUCCAAUUGUUCUUGUAUUUUACCUAGGUCAUAAGGUCUGGACAAAGAACUGGACUUGGUAUAUUAGAGCAAAGGAUAUUGACAUUGAUACGGGCAGAAGAGAAUUAGACUUGGAUGUUCUUAGACAAGAGAUUGCGGAAGAAAAAGAAUUAUUGUCAACAAAACCAUUCUAUUAUAGGGUCUAUAGAUGGUGGUGCUAGGUUAGAUUAUUAAUUGUGAAUACAGAUAAUACUUUGAGCUGUCGAAUGUUCAUUUAGGUAAAUGCUUCCAUAAUAACCGUAUAUGCAAGAGUUAAUUGGCAAGUAUUCCUGUAAGAAAGACCGCCUACAUCAUCAGGAGAAUAGAAACUUCAGGAGCCUAGCUGAUUAAUUAUAACUGUCAUGGUACUCGAGCCAGCUAAGUGCUAUGUAAACGAGUUUUUUGGUUGGUUAACCAAUUUCUACUCAAUUCCAUGGAAGUGCUACAAGUAUUGUAAAAAUGACUCCAAACCGAUC